AUGGCUAGGAAAAACUUUAAAUCAGACCAUAGUUCUACUAUUCAUUUUGAUUCUAGAACCAAUACUGUCAUGGCACAAUCUUCAACCAGCCAUAACCAUGUCAAACAAAAGGUGAAUGCAGUUAGAGAAGUUGUACCAGGGAAAUCAUUUGAUGAAAUAGUUUUAGUUUUGCAGUAUUAUGAUUAUAAUUCAGAGAAAGCUAUUCAAGCAUACUUAGAAGAUGGUGCUACAGAAGCUUUAACUCAGUGGCAUUUCAGUGGCUCUAAGGUGCAGAAUAAAAGGAAAAAGUCUAAGAAAGGACGCGCAGAAGAAGGAGCAGAUAACUCUUCUACCAAUUCCUUACAAAAUAUCAGUAAUAAUAAUAAUGAUGAGAAAAUUCCAGUCAUCAAUGGGGACCAUACAAACGACAUAUCCAGUCAGGCAUCCAUACCUAUAUCUUCUGGUCUAGACCAGUCAUAUCCAGAUAAAUCCAGUUCUAUGCACACAUCAUCCAAUGAAAAUCAGGUUGCAGACGCUAAACCACAACGUAAUAAAAGCUCAAAACAUAAACACUCAGGUCACCACGCCCAUCAGCCUGCCCCACCCCCACCUCCUAAAGAACAUCAUCAUGGGCGUGUAAGAACAGUCAGUGAAUGUAGUACAACUAGUCUUGGUUUGGGAGAUAACUUUACUUACAAAAAAGCUGGUUUAGAAAGAUCAGUGAAAGAUCUACAACGACAAACAAUUUCAUUAGAAAGAUUACGUUUAACUUUUGAUUCUGAGAUGGAAAAAGGACCAAAGAAAAUUAAAUCUGUCUUUGAAGAAGUCAGAAAAGCAGAUUCAGAUUUAGUCAUGGCACUGGUAAGUCCAACUGAUAAAUAUAUACUCUUAUUGACCAAGCUUGAGAGUUAUAAUUUUAUGCCCAUUCUAAGAUAUAUCAUUCAUUCAUUCAAUAAUUUUUUGACAGAAGAUGUAUUUGAAAGCAGACAACACCUAGCCAAUGAUUUAAAGAGACGGAUAGCAAAUGCUGAUGCAUUAAGUGAACAUGACCUAUCAGAAUUACGAGCUGAUGUCAAGCAUUUUGUUAGUGAGAGAAGAUUAGAUGAAGAUCUAGCUAAAACUACCCGGUUUAUGUAUGCACCAGAUCAUAUUCUAGAGGAAAUUAAAUCAUUUGGUGAAAUCGUUCCUUUGAAACAACAUUAUACAGCCCGCAGACCUUCUACAUCUUCGGUUGCAAGCAGUGGACCAAACCAUGAUCUUCAUCCACCUCACACAACACAGCAACAACAUCAUCAUAAACUACAACAUCAUAACACAACAUCAACAUCAGAUACAAAAUCAUCAGCAGCAACUACAAAUGGUAUUGAUAAUAAAACUGAUGAUGGUAAUGAAUCAGAUGAAGCUGAACUCACAGCUCAAGAUUUAGAAGAUUUACAGCAACGUUUACAAAACUCUCUACGUCUUAGUAAGGGAGGACCUAGAAACCGUCCUAGAACAGCUAAUUCUGACCAAGACAAUGCAAAGCGUCGACCACAAGAGAAAAAUAGUGGAAAAUCAGGUGAAACUAGAAAUAGAAGUCCACAAAAAUCAGAUAAGAAAUCCACAGAGAAUGGUCCAAGAGGUCCAAAGAAGGAGAAAGAUGGCCAGACCAAUGGUCCGAGAAGUCCAAAGAAGGAGAGAGACGGCCAGGCCAAUGGUCCAAGGAAAGAAGGAGAGAAUCAAGAGAAUGGACCAAGAAGGGAAGGCUCCGGAAGAGGAAGAGGGGGAAGGGGAAGAGGAAGGGGUGGUCGUGGCCGAGGAGGUGGAGCUAGAUCACCCAAUAACGAUUCAACAGCCAAUACUACUCCUGGUUCAAAAACGACUCAGGCUCCUCCUUCCACUAAUGGGGAUUCUGCUGCACAGUAAAUACAGAUAGGAAGCUAGAUAUGUGUUUGGGUAGUCUGAAACCUGCUGAUCCUUUUUUUUUUCCGGAUAUUUCAGUGUAAUCUUAACAAAUUUUCUCCCACAGUCCUGUUCCAAUGAUUAUUUUCAACCGAUUAAAGUGUGUUUCUUAACAAGGAUGAAUUGUGGGAGAGCAAAACCCAUAGUAGAGCAAUAUGUUAGUUAUCAAGAGACAGGUUCUUCAUGACAUGCUUUGAUUGGUUUAAAUAAUAUCAUUAGAACAGGAGCACAGUAAAACCUUGUUAGAUUACAAUGGAGAUGAAUAAAAUAGCCCAAGAC